UGCGCAAGCACCAUUGUGAGAGCGAUCCCAACCCAAGCGGCAAGCGUGCAGGUGGAGUGCGGCGAGCGACUCCAAUCAGCAGCGCCGCUCGUGGCUCGUGGCUCGUGGCUCGUCGAUCUGGCUCCUGGCUCACUUUCCCCGGCUGACGUCAGCUGCCUGGCUGCUCUCGGCUGUCCGCUCCACCGCGUCAAAAUGCUGCUCUCCGUGCCGCCCAGGACCGGAGGAGUGAACGCGUACAACGGCUACCCGGGCAAAAGCAUCAAGAAGCAGACAUAUGCGCCUCCCUCCAAUCAUCAGAUGGCUCCUCCGAGCCCCAGCAGCAAUAGCGGCAAUACCAGCACCAUCAGCAACAUCAGCAAUAAUGGCGUCGAGCAGCUAAGCAAAACCAACCUGUACAUCCGUGGCCUCCACCCCGGAACCACAGACCAGGAUCUGGUCAAACUCUGUCAGCCCUAUGGGAAAAUCGUGUCCACAAAGGCUAUACUGGACAAGACAACCAACAAGUGCAAAGGCUAUGGCUUUGUGGACUUUGACAGUCCAGCCUCGGCUCAGAAGGCAGUGACAGCACUGAAGACGGUGGGCGUGCAGGCUCAGAUGGCCAAGCAACAGGAGCAGGACCCCACCAAUUUGUAUAUUUCCAACCUGCCGCUUUCCAUGGACGAGCUGGAGCUGGAGAACAUGCUUAAGCCCUUUAGCCAGGCUAUUUCGACACGCAUCCUGCGGGACGCCAAUGGAAUCAGCCGAGGAGUGGGCUUUGCCAGGAUGGAGUCAACAGAGAAAUGUGAAGCCAUCAUCCAGCAUUUCAAUGGGAAAUAUAUCAAGACUCCACCCGGAGUUUCAGUCCCACCAGAGCCUUUAUUGUGUAAAUUUGCUGAUGGAGGCCAGAAGAAGCGCCAGAAUCAAGGAAAAUAUCUGCAAAACGGACGGAGCUGGACCAGAGAGGGAGAGACUGGUGGAAUGACUCUUACAUAUGACCCCAGCACCGCCUUAGCAAACGGGUUCUACUCCUCUCCCUACAGCAUGGCUCCCAACCGGAUGAUCGGGCCCGCCUCGCUUUCUCCUUACAUGCAUUCGCCUGUGUCUGCCUACCAGGUACACGCAAGUGCUCGUGGGAAUUUGUUCUCAUUCAAAAGGUCAACACAAGGGGUGACAAAUGUGACAAAAUUCUCACAUUUGCUUGCUUGCCAGGUGCAUAACCCUUCUUGGCUUCACCACCAGUCGUACAUCAUGCCGCCCACGGGAGCUGUCCUGACGCCGGGGAUGGAGCACACCAUGUCCAUCCAGCCCACGUCCAUGAUGGGGCCCCUGGCACAGCAGCUCAGCCACCUCUCGAUGGGCAGCAGCGGCACUUACAUGCCUGCAAACACAUCUAUGCAAGGGACAUACAUCCCCCAGUACACCCAAGUGCCUCCCGCCAACAUCUCAGUCGAGGAAAGUGCCGUUCAACAGCCUGUUGCAAUCGAGACACGCUCUGAACACACAAGCUACUCCUACCAGCAUGACAAGUGAAGGCAACAAUCUCUCUCCAUGGACUGUUACACAGAGAGGACAUUUUGUAGUUUUGUUUUGGGGUUUUUUGGGGGGUUGGUUGGUGGGUUGUUGUUGUUGGGUUUUUUUUCUUUUGGAGCUACUCCAGUCUGACAAAGAUGGUGAAAGUCAGGCGAAAAGGCGUUUGGAUGGACUGAAGUAGGCGACUCUAUUUCGAUGAACACACAUUUCAAGCCAACAUGUUUUGCUUUGGUUUGUUCUGUGGGGAGUUUUUCCCCGCUUCUUUUUGUUGUAUAUAUGCUUGUGUUUGUUGGUGUGAUUCUUGCUUCCUGUGCCCCCAAUGUUUGUUAAAAGACAAAGCAACUUGAGUCCGUUUAGGACAGGGGUCCCCAACCUUUUUUGCCCCACGGACCGGUUUAUGUCAGACAAUAUUUUCAGGGACCGGCAUUUAAGGUGCGGCGGAAAUAAUACAACAAAAUAAUAUGGUAUGAGCGGCAUAAAAACUGUUGUGUUUUGGAAAUAUAAUAAUAAACACAAGGAGCGUCUAAUCUGGCCGCAACACUCUGAUCGCUAUGGUAAUGUUUAAUGCCUUCAAAAUACGAUACAACGCAAAUUCAAAGUGUAUGAAAAUGACGACUCACCACAGCCCCGAGCUUGAUUUUCUGCAAGAAGACGGUCCCUUCUCGGGGUAAUAGGAGACAAUGACACCUCAAGUGUGUGUUUUAUGUCCAGUCUACUCCGUAAUUUUGUUUUAGUCGCCAUUGCUGCAGAAAACCCGCGCCUCACACAGGUAGGAUGUCGGAAAUAGCAACAGUGCUAUUGUGGCGAUCUCAGAGUAUUCAGCCAUAACUUUAAUAGAGUUGUCUCGAACGUACUUUUAAGGCCGCCGUCAUUUGCAAUCUCCAGCAGUUUUUUUUUGCGAGCUCCGGCGUUUUGUUUUUAGCGUAAUCGGUCACGUGACGGAGAAGCGUGGCUUGACGUGUGUCAAGCGUGACACAGACGGAUGUAACGGAGAAUCCGGUAAUUUUUCCAAAAUAAAACAUCUGUCUUGGUCCGAAAUAAAUAAAACUGAAUUAAGCCAAGUUCUUUCUUUGCGGCCCGGUACCAAAUGUGCUGCGGACUGUUACUGGUCCGGGGACCGGCGGUUGGGGACCCCUGGUUUAGGAGACAUUCACUCCCAAUUUGACAGGGUAAUUCUUUAAAUUUGGGUGGAUGAUGGAGGGCGGAGGGGGGUGCGUGAAUGAUAUACUGGCAAUGGAAUCUGUUCUGAAAGCUAACUAGAAGAGAGAAGGGAGUGUUGUGCUCAAGUCAUUUCCGGAUGCAAGCGUCUUGACGACGCUUUCGACAAUCAGACAAUUCCUGUAAUCCCGGUGCUUGAUUAGAGAAGGAAGAGCAACAUUGAUUGAAUCAUUCCAGUGAAUAUCUUUGCUUGUGCUUAAAAGAAGUGUUUAUCAUGUUGCUUUCUGUACUACAGUCACACCUGACUUCUUGGAAUAUUCAAACAAGUUGGCCUGCACAUCACGAGUGGAUUUUCUCCUUUUCUGCAAAAGGGAUGACGUCCCCCAAUCGUCCCAUUGUACUUCUACCAAACUGUCUACAUCCAUAUGAUAAAAUAUGGACAGCAAGAAGUGUAAGAAGCAUAGCUCUGCCUUCUUUUGGCCAAUGGUAUGCUUUCAUACUGGCCUUUUUGUUGUGACUGCCUUAUGUUUUUGGGUGUGCUAUUUUUGUAUUAUUUAAAUGUUUUCGGUUUCAUUUCAUGUAUGAUGUUUUUCAGAUUCAUCCUAUUUUUCAAAGAAACCCUGAUUUUUAUUUUUGAUAGUGUGUUGUGUGCAUCAGCGGUGUUUCCAUAUUUUUGGUAUGUUUAAACGUUUUAUUUGACGUUCUGUGUGUCGUUCAAUGUCAUCGAGGCUUUAAUGGGUAUUUUUGUUUUGCUUUUCCAGCUAUUUCUGUUGCGUCUGUCCCAAACUUCAUGAGCAUCAUUCUUGAUCUGGAAUCGAUUCUUCGUUGUUGAGGCUACGUUUACUUUACUUUCCCCGCAGCCACGGCAGUCCCCGUUUGCCCGAAACGUCCUGCACGACAGGGUUUUCGACAUACUAUAUUUUUCCUCCGUGUUACAAUCUCAGUCUGUUGUGGUGCCGCACUAUGUUUGAGUUUACCGGACGUUUUUGGAUCCUUCAUACAUAGCACACUGUGUGAAUGAUUUCUGCAGAUCAAAGGCUGACACCUGGCAUCUUUAGAGCGUUUAUUGUCCCAGCAGUCAGAUGAAGCUCCAGAGUGCGCACCAUCCAUACAACCUUUGAUAAGAUUGUAGGAUGUUUUCAGUCAACGACAAAUUCAUUAGUCCAUCUUUUUGUACCAUGCAAAACAGCCUGUGAGCAUAUUAAAUUGCGUUACCGUGCUCCCGUCCACUUUGCACCGCCUACUAAUCGUUACAUGCUAUUAUGUACUCUCACAUUUUAUUGCGUCCAGACCCCCCCCCCCCCCCCAUCUCCCUUCGGCAAACUAGUUUUCUCCUCAGCACGGGGACGAAAUGUGACGAUUUCUACAUCUCGCGUGGCAUCCACAGCCUGUCACGUUUUCCCUCCCGUUCCCCCCAUGUUGUCUCACGGCCGUCCCUUGGUGUCCAUGUUGCCGCGGCUGCUGGGAACGUUGUGUCGAGGUGGCGUUGAGGUUUAGAUGCUACAAACAAACUUACCUCACCUUCAUAGGUUCAGUUUUGUGAAAGGGCUUAUAGGCAAUAAGCAGUUUUAGUAGGCUGUUCACAGCUGGUACUGUGUCAAUCUCCUGUAUGUCCUCCUUCCAAGCUGCGCCAAUCAAGUCCAAGGUCUGAUGAUCUAUGCAAUUAAUUUAUAACCCUUACAAAGGCAAUAGUACACUUCCCAAAAAUAUGACCUCACAGUGGGCACUUUUAAGUGCUGUGGCAAAUGGAGACUGCAUAAUACAAGAAACUUUGGUUUUGA